UGUGUAUAUAAUUUUUUGAAUUCAAUUAAAUGUAGUUUUAGAUCGAGAUGACUGUGAAUUUAACUACUUUCAAAAUUGAUUUUCUAUCGACAAUUUUCCUGGUGGUAAAAUAUUAGAAAACGAAAAAUAUUCUAGGAAGGGCGAAAGCGAGGGCGGCGAGAAGAAAUGGGCCCUGGACCGUCUACAGCUGCGAGGAGGUUUCUUUAAGUUAGAAAAAACAAAAAUAAUCCAAAACUAUGUCCUAGGGGUUUUUACGUUGGUCCGAGUGUUUUUCACAAAGGAAUCGGCCGUGUGAUUAGCCCGCGGCGAAGCUGGCCUUUUCGGAAAACUGUGCGGAAAGGCGAAACGGCCCCUCUCGACGGAUGAACGUAUUUCAACGAAAAUGGACGUUACUAAGUCAAAUUUCAAGAAGCUCCUGCCUGAAAUUUUAGAAGCGAUAGACUCUUCGAGUUUUUUAGCGGUCGAUGGAGAGUUCACGGGUUUGAACAAUGGCCAUAACAUCACUGCUUUUGAUACGCCGAAACAAUACUACUCUAAGAUUCGUUCUGGAGCACUUGACUUCCUGUUUGUACAGUUUGGCCUAUCAGUUUUCAAACAAGUUAAAGGACAUGAACGGUACAAAAACAAGACAUACGUGUUUUAUCUAUUUCCUGAGCCUUUGAACCGAGAUGCGCCUGAUUGUAGGUUUUUGUGUCAGGCUUCGAGUCUCACCUUUUUGGCCCAGAAUGGCUUCAAUUUUAAUAAGCUUUUCAGAGAAGGUAUUCCGUAUCUUAAACAGAGCGAUGAAGACUCACUAAGGGAGACCUUGGCUGAGAAAUCCAGGAUUAGAGCAAAUGCCGUGCAAUCAAACAACCAGACGAUUCCCAUUCCUAAACAAUUCCAACCAGCAGUGGAUGCUGCUAUGGAAAAAAUAAAAGUAUUAUUAUCACCAAACUUUGAUAAGGAAGAAGUGCACGUUGAAAAAUGUUCAGCAUUUGUAAGAAAGUUAGUGUACCAGACAGUUAGAGAAGAGUUGAGUGGGAAAAAUAUAUGUGUUGAGACGAAGAACGGCACAUUAGUCGCAAGAAGAGGGGUUUCACAAGAACAGCUGCAUAAAGAAAAACAAGAAAAGGCCGAAAAGGAGGAAGAAACUAUACAGGAUGCGGUUGGUUUUGCCACUAUAAUUAGACGGAUUGCUGCAUCGAGAAAGCUGAUUGUAGGACACAACGUUCUCCUCGACCUCUGUCACAUGGUCCAUAGAUUCAUAGACCCUCUUCCAGAGGAUUAUCUUGAAUUUAAAGAAAUGCUUCAUACCAUAUUUCCCAAGAUUCUUGAUACUAAGUACUUAGUGUCGGAGGCACUGUCUGAUUUAAUUCCUUCCUCUCAUUUGCCAGGCGUUGUUGAAGCUAUUAUGAAAUCUCCCUUUGAACUGCCUAAGAUAGAUGCGGAAGAAAAUUACUCUUAUGAAAUCCAAAAUGAGAAGUUCCAUAAUGCUGGAUACGAUGCUUAUGUCACCGGCUUGUCAUUUAUAACUGCCCUCAGGUAUUUAGAUACAAGUAAAUUUAUAAAAUCUCCUGUGGACGUUGGAGCGAUUCAGAAGUACCUUAACAAAUUAUUUUUAAUGAAAAUCCCCGAUGCCUAUAUAGACUUAGAACGGCGGGAUCCCGAACCACUGAGAGACCAUGUAUUUCAUGUUUCAUUUCCAAAAGUAUGGACUUCCCAAAACAUUGUGGAGCUUUUUAGUCCAUUUGGUUCUAUACAAAUCAAUUGGCUUUCUGACACAACUGCCUGGGUUGCUCUCCAAGACCGAAGUUCUGCAAGCAAAGUUAAAGAGUGCUUAGAGGACAGGCCGGUUUCAAAAAGUCCUGGGGUGAUUGUAAAAUGGUACAAGAGGUAUUCAGCUAGUACAGGUACAGUAGCUUCGUCUCCAAGACCUAAUAAGAGAAAAUUGAGUGGAAGCGCACCUGCUAUCACUCAGAAAACGCUUUCCACCCCUCUUCCGCCUACUGGUGGUGAGGGUGAUAGGAUAAGCAAAAAGAGAAAAUCUUCUAGCAUAGAGCUCAACAUUGGUACGAUAUUUGAGGAAACAGAAAAUGGAUCAGAAGCUCUCAUGGACUUGGAGAGUUGUGCCAGUGCCGAAGGAGACAAAGUGAAUUUCACCAUUGACCAGGACUGGGAUUAAAACAGUACUGAGCACGUCUCAUCUUACAGCUGUUCUGCUUGACAAUGAAUGCACUAUGAUCUAAAAUUAUUUACUUGCCACUGUAAACUGUGGCUCAAGUUACUUGGAAUUUCAGUGUACCUGCACAUUAAAAUUGUGGAAUAAAAUGAUUUUAACAUUUAUGUAGACAUUGGAAUUUAAAAAAAGUGAAAUAUUUUUGUUUAUUUGUUCCACUUGAGCUGGGACAUAGCUGAAUGGCAAAAACUCUGAUGUGUAAAUUAUUGUUUUAAAGGUAUCGUAUGUUGGAUCCACAAUUUUUUUCUAUGGGAAUUGAAACUAAUUAAUUAUUAACCCCCCACAUCUUGGUGUGGGUUAACUCGACAGAAUGUGAGGAGGUUGAAUAAGGCUAAAUAAACAUUUUCUUUUGUUUACUUAAGAAUUGUUUUCUUUUGUCUAUUGUGAAUAAAGAAACUUGAGAUUGCUUACAAUCA